UACACGGGGCAGUUGGAAUCGUGCGUCGUUUGUGAGUUAUCGUUGAUAUCAACGAUUAAUUACUUAUUCUGGUUAGAAUAAUAAUUAAUACACUUUUUUCCGCUUAUCGAAGGAGGUUCGUUUGUGUAAUUUGAAAUCGUCCGAAGGGAAGUUGCUGCAAUGACUGGAACAGUAAUAAACAGCUCAAAACCAAAACAGAAUGUUGCCGAGGUGGUGCAGAAAGCGCGAGACACCUUCCACAGAGGAGUGACGAGGCCGAUAGAAUGGAGGCGGAAACAGCUCAAGAAUCUUUUGCGGAUGUACGAAGAGAACUACAACACCAUGGUCGAGGUUCUCAAGAAGGAUCUAAGAAGGAGCAAAAUGGAAGCUAUUCUGCUUGAAGUAGACUAUCUUAUCAACGACUUGAAAAAUACUCUCCAUAAUCUUGACAAAUGGUGCAGUCCUACCAGGCCUUCGAAAGGAUUCGUCAACAUCCUCGACGACGUGGUGAUUUACAACGACCCUUACGGUGUGGCGCUGAUCAUUGGAGCGUGGAACUAUCCGCUUCAGCUGCUGCUGCUGCCAAUGACUGGUGCCAUCGCGGCCGGCAAUGUAGUGGUGGCGAAACCCAGUGAAUUGGCGCCCGCCAGCGAACAGUUCCUUGCGGAUAUGCUGCCCAAAUACUUGGAUAAUGAUGCCGUUGUAGUCUUCAAAGGCGGUCCAGAAGAGACUUCAGAGCUGUUGAAGCACAAAUUCGACUACAUCUUCUACACGGGCGGCACGAAUGUCGGCAAAAUAGUGUACGCCGCGGCCACGAAACACCUCACACCCGUCACAUUGGAAUUGGGAGGGAAAAGCCCCGUAUACAUAGACAACUCUGUGAACAUGGAGGUGACAGUGAAGAGGGUGUUAUGGGGCAAAUUCAUCAACGUGGGUCAAACGUGUAUAGCCCCGGACUACAUACUGUGCACCAAGGAGGUUCAGGACAAAUUCGUGGAGAUCUCCAAGAGGGUACUGAAGGAGUGGUACGGGGAGGAUCCCCAGAAAUCGCCUGAUCUAUGCCGUAUUAUUAACAACAGGCAUUUUAGUCGCCUCCAAGCGCUGGUCGACGCGUCCAAGGACAAAGUAGUUAUUGGCGGUCAGUACGACGCUCAGGAUAAGUACAUCGCGCCGACUAUAAUAGCCAACGUCACAGCCACAGACAAGAUAAUGGAGGACGAGAUCUUCGGGCCAAUACUGCCGAUUGUGACUAUAGAGAACGCGUAUGAGGCAAUAAAGUUCAUUAAUGACAGAGAAAAGCCCCUGGUGCUGUACGUGUUCGCGGCGAACAAGGAUGCUUACAACAACAUAAUCGAGAACACGAGCAGCGGGUGCAUGUGUAUUAACGAUACUAUGAUGCAUAUGGCAGUUGAUACGUUGCCGUUCGGCGGUGUCGGCCACAGCGGUAUUGGAGCAUACCACGGCAAAGCCACAUUUGACACCUUCACUCACAAAAAGAGCUGCCUCACAAAGAACUUUAUGCCGAUCGGAGAGAAACUGGCGUCGGGUCGCUACCCGCCUUACUCUGACGGCAAGCUGAACUUCAUAUCGUCGCUGACCAAGAAGCGCCAAGGAGUGUCCUUCAAGUACCUGCCAUAUUUCCUGACCUUCGCGAUCGGGGUUGGGCUGUCUUACGGCAUCUUCGCCUGGCAGAAGGCUGCUUCGGGAGAAUCGUAAUCAAGACUGCUUCGUUUCAAAGUUGACCUACGUUAUUGAUGACAAAUUC